AUGGAGCUUUUGGCCCUGAUUCGCCCUCUUUUCACAUAUACAUCACACGAAAGCCCGCCUCGAGGGGAGUGUCAUCCAGCAAGACAAUUCCACAUCGACAUCACAUCCCGCAUUUACACCAACAACCAAGCAACCAUGGCAAGCAUCACUGCCUCCGUCAAGCAGACCAAGCUUGAAAGAAAGAUCAAGCUCCUAAAACUCCAGGUCAAGCACCUUCACGCGGAGAACGCCCGGGUAAAGGCGGAGAAGAAGCGAGCCACCCACAGAGGAAGCUACGCAUCACCAGCGCUUAGUCGCCAUCUGGCAAGGGGACAAAAGCUUCCAUCAUCUGAACCACACACCGCAUGUCACCACGCUCGCCACACCGCCCAUAACCAACUCGCCACAGUGCCACUAUCGUCGCCGAACAUGACAUCAGGCGACUCGGGUGGUCACCAAAACCAGAGCCCUUCAGCAGCAGGGAAGGGAGUUGCGAGUCGUGACGGGCGUACCCGAGUUGUGUGCUGGUGA